AUGCCCGGCUUUCACAUCUACCUGCAAGCCUCCUGCCUCUCCGGGGAGUGCUCGCCUGAGGUGAGCGUGGUGGCACCUUCCACUCCCACGCCCAUCGACCUCAACGCCACACCGGUGGCCGGUGGCUCGUCAUUCGGAGGCGUGAGGAAACGCGCGCGACACAUGCCAGCCGACGUGUUGCCGGGCGCAUGCAGCCUAUUCGACGGAAUGCCGGCCUCUGGCGAUGACGACUACAUGCAGAACAUCAUCUUCGAGGGUGGUACGCCGGCCGAUGGCGGUGCCACCGGGGCUGGCUACAAUACCGACGAGACACAAAGCCAAGACGGCCGAGGGGUGUUCACGCCAUCCACCUUUGAUCAAGAUCAGGCGACCUUCAUGCAUGAUCAAACCGGCCUGGACCUGGACGGCUUCCCACUUGACCACGAGUUCUCGGAGGACUACGGGCAAGAGGACGAGUGCGACAUCGAAGGGGAGCCUUUGUUCGAGGACGAGCUCACCAACCAAGACGCCGGGGUGAAGCCGAAGCAGAAGAGCAAGUGGACCAAGGCAUACACGGCGGUCGAGGACAAGCUUAUUUGCCCCAAGUAG